AUGGAUCCUCUUACGGUCACAACAGAAGUUGAGCUCGUCCCUGCCACUGUUACGGUCACAACAGAAACUUCAGCCGUCCCUGCUACGGUUACCGUCACAACAGAAGUUGGGGUUGUUCCUGCUACCGUCACGGUCACAACAGAAGCUAAGGUUGUCUCUGCUAAGCGAUUAAAGACUACAAGGCACUUACCUCUUCCUAGACGCCAAUUCUAUCACUCUCAAAGCGGUCAGCCAAUGACACUUGAUGAAGUACUCUCUGACCGAGAUAGCGACAAUGAAGUCGAGAAUGUGGCUGAAGCUGAGGCUGAGACUCCAGAUCUGAUGAUUGAUGAUUCUAUGAAAGAGAAUGAAAUUAUGGAGAUUUUCAUUCAACUGUGGAACUCUUUUGUAAAAAAGAAUAGAGUUCUAGCAGAUGCUCAUAUUCCUUGGGCAUGUGAAGAAUUUUCAAAAUUAUACAGGAAAGAGUUGCACGAUAACUUCAAACUCGACAUGUGCUGGCGAUUAUUCAUGAUGAAACAAUGGGAUUAUGGAAUUCUUGACGCAACCACCAUAACCAAAUGCAAUACCAUCAUCCAGAAAUACUCGGCCACCUCAUAUAUAGAUGUUGAGGAAAAUUAUCAUAAAAGCAAUAAGAAGUAAUUAAAAAAUCUCCGAUGAUUUAAACGACGCGGUUUAUUUUAUUGCAGCUUUAUAUAUUUGUUAUUAUUUAGGAGCACAAACAAAUACCAUUUUUUUAAUUAUUUUGUUUUGUUUUCUUUUUUUCUAGUGAGGACAACAGAAAAAAUACAACACAUGCAUCAGAUAGUGAAUCUAGUAUGUGUAGAAAUCAGGAGAAACAUGAAAUGGAUUUUGGUGUAAAAGCUCUCAACACUGAAUCUUCGCAAGUUGUGGACAUGGCCACACUUUUUCAAAGGAGUAUAGGAAAAAGGCUGGUCAAACAAACUCCGAAGAUGAAAGAAAUGAUAGAUACAAAACAGGAUACUUUCCUUACUCGUGGAAGUAGUAGCCGAAGAGGUCGUGGUGGUGGAGGCCGAGGUGGUCGUGGUUGCGGAGGCUCGGGCAGUCGUGGAAACCUCAUCUAGUGAUCUCUAGUGGGCU